CCUGCUCCUAAACGCCUCCUUCAAGAUUGCAGCUGGGCAGGACUCCAAAGGUGCAGCAGCAGCAGCAGCAACAAGCUGGAGUUCAAAGUUAGCAGUAAAUUACACAACUUCCAGCUCAUCGCUACGCUCAGUGACUAUUAACAAGCUGGAAGGCGCUCAGGGAAAAAAAUAGGGGAGAAGGGAACACCCUUGAACUGCUUGGGGAUCGCUGAUGUUAUGCUUUUGCUGCUGGGAUCAUGGCUCCCUUUGGAAGGAAUUUGUUAAAAGCCCGGCAUAAAAACAGAUCUUCCAGCAAGGACAUGGCUUCAAAUGAAAGAGAGAUUGUGGUUUGGGUUUGCCAGGAGGAGAAGAUUGUAUGUGGCCUGACAAAGCGUACAACUUGUGCAGAGGUGAUUCAAGCACUGCUAGAGGAACACCAGGCUACAUUUGGAGAGAAAAAGGUCCUUUUUGGAAAACCCAGUGAUUACUGCAUUAUAGAAAAAUGGAGAGGUUCGGAGCGAGUCCUUCCACCUUUGACAAAGAUUCUGCGGCUUUGGAAGGCCUGGGGAGAAGAGCAGCCUAAUUUGCACUUUGUGUUGGUAAAGUCUGAUGCUUUUCUCUCACUUCCACUGUGGAAGACAGCAGAAGCUAAGGUAGUACAAAAUGUGGAAAAGCAGUGGGAGCUCAGCCCAGCAAAUUACAUGAAGAUGUUGCCAAUAGACAAGCAAAAGAAAAUUGUCAGGAAGACUUUCCGGAAACUGGCCAAACUUAAACAGGACAGUGUUCAGCAAGAGAGAGAUAAUAUGGAGACAUUGAUUCAUCUGAUCAUUUCUCAAGAUCAUACAAUUCAUCAGCAAGUCCUUAGAAUGAAGGAACUAGAUAUGGAAAUUGAAAAAUGUGAAGCAAAAUUCCAUCUUGAUCGCGUAGCCAAUGAUGGAGAAAAUUAUGUGCAGGACUCUUAUUUACUGGUCAAUCCAAAGGAAGCUGAGCAGCAAAUGAGUAGACCAGAUGAUCAAAAAGAUAUGCAUGAAUAUUUGAACAAAAGUGAGGGAAUAUUACAGGUUGAAGAGAGAUUGAAACAUCACAAACAAUUAAUAGAAAAGCUUUGUUCUGAAAUUGAAAAAGAAGUACUUGGUAUAUGCACAGAAAAAAAUGCAGAUGACACACACACAGAAGGAGCUACUAAUGCUGAACUAGAAAACUCAGAUUUGGAAAGUGUAAAAUGUGAGCUGGAAAAAAGUAUGAAGGAUGGUCUGAGGAUCAAUUCAUACUUGAGCUGCAUUCAGAAAGAGCUUACAUACAGGGACUCAUUGCUUCAAAAAAAGGAAAAAGAAUACGAACUUCUUGCAGAAGAAUUUAAUUUAUUGCAUGUUAAAGACAAUGUGGAAGCCAGCCUUCCACCCAGUGAAGAGCCAUCUAAGGGCACUGGAAGCCCCAGCAUUGCAGUUCCUGACUUUGUUCACAGAGUGACUAAUUUGGACAUAAAUGAUACAGACUCUGACACUGGAAUCAGCUCUACCCACAGCCAGGACUCUGAAAUAACUUCAGGGGACAUGGUUCUGUUAUCAACAUAGUUGAA